GGCGGCGCUGGCGGAAGCGCGGGGAGCUCCCGCCUCCUGCCGGGGUCGGGGGUCAGCGGCGCCCGCCGGCUCCCAGCGCCCAUGGAGGGCUCGGGGGGCGAGGAGCAGGAGGCCGAGGGGCCGCUGCAGCAGCUGGUGAAGAGGCAGCGCAAGGAGAAGCGAGAGCUCCAGGCAAAAAUUCAAGGCAUGAAAAAUGCUGUUCCCAAGAAUGAUAAGAAGAGACGAAAACAGCUGGCAGAUGAAGUUGCCAAACUAGAGGCAGAACUUGAACAGAAGCACAAGGAGGAAUUAAAGCAGCUGAAGGAAGCUUCACCUGAACAGAAUAAGACAGAUUCCAUAGCUGAUGGGGUUGCAAAUAUAGAGCUUGAAGGAGUAGAGCAGCAGAUUCAGCAUCAUCGAAUAUCAAAAGCACAGAAGAGGCGGGAGAAAAAAGCUGCUUUGGAGAAAGAAAGAGAAGAAAGAAUAGCUGAAGCUGAGAUACAAAAUUUAACAGGUGCUAGACAUCUUGAAAGUCAGAAACUUGCCUCCCUGUUGGCAGCAAGGCAGUUAGAGAUUAAACAAAUCCCUUCAGAUGGCCAUUGCAUGUACAGAGCUAUUGAAGAUCAGCUCAAGGAUCACCAAAAUUCCUGGACUGUUGCCACUCUGAGAAGCCAAACAGCAAAGUAUAUGCAAAGUCACUUUGAUGACUUCCUGCCUUUUCUUACAAACCCUAAUACUGGAGAUAUGUAUAGCAAAGAGGAAUUUGAGAAAUACUGUGAUGAUAUAGCAAAUACAGCUGCAUGGGGUGGUCAGCUGGAACUAAGGGCUUUGUCACACAUUUUACAAACACCUAUUGAAGUAGUGCAAAUGGAUUCGCCUCCCAUUGUUGUUGGUGAAGAAUAUUCAGGCAAACCAAUAAUACUUGUGUAUAUGAGGCAUGCCUAUGGAUUAGGAGAACAUUACAAUUCUGUAAAAGUUCUAACAGAUGCUGCUACAGAAAACAGCAGCUAGCAUACAAAAGUUGUACAUUCACGUGGAUAACAGUUGCAUCGUGGUGUGUUGGGCUCCAGGAAAUUCCCAGUAAGACUGGAAAGUAAAUGGAAUGGAUUAUAAAUUAGAAAAAAAAAAUAAAAGGCCUGCAAGGUUUGACUAUCAAUCAGAAAUAACUGAAACCAAAACAAAACAAAAACCAAAACCACACAACAAUAUUGUGAAAUUGUUGGUAUUAAUUAUGUUUAGAAGAUCUGUAGAACGGUGUCUGUGUAGAUCACGUCUUUUUCAAUAGAGCUUCCUCUCAAUUCUGCAGAGAAAAUAUCAAGUAAUGAAAAUUCGUUUUGGUUAAUCUGCAUUUCUGCUGAAGAUUUAAGGUUACCUGUAGGUUCCUAUUCCAUUAUUUCUGUCAGAUUUUCACAAUAAUGGAAGAAUUCCGUUUGAAAUAACUGGUGAUAUUUUGGUUAUGGAAUAUCCUCUGCAGUGUUUUUGUAGCCCUAUCAGGAUCUAAUUUCAACAGUGUAGGAUUUAUUCCCUUCUUUAUUUGGGCAGAGAAGAUCUGGAAGUAAAUCCAGCAGCAGAAUAUCUUGCUUGGCUGAAGGACAUGCACAAUCUUUUAAAAGACUUUCAUGUAAGAUUUUUACCAAGGUUUGAUGUAGGGUUUAUUCUUUGCAGGUCACAGUAGGAAUUCAACUCAUGUGCAAGAGGAGCAUUGUUAUUUAGGACUGUACAUUAUACUGUCAGUGCAAGUUAACUGCACUGUUUAUUCUCCAUAAUCUUUCACCUAUUCAUUUUGGUGAAUCAGAAAACUUACAGAGCUCCUCAGUGUCCUCACUUCAGGUAUUGAAACUCAUCUGAACUCAUAAUUUCUGGAUCUGCUGAUCUAAGCACUUUGUCAUCUACAGUGUGAUGUUUUGUAAUGCUUAAAACAGCUGGUUACACACAGCUGUAGAAAUAACCACCUUGGGUUUUGUCAGUAACUGAAGGUGAUCUGGAAAAACGAAUUAUGUUUAUUUUAAUUGCUUCUUAUGAGGCACAGAGAAUGGAAAGGUUUUAAUAUGGCUUGACUUUUUACAUCAGAGAUGUAGAUUGUUGUAAAUGUGACUUGAAAAUUAGGAGCAUACUGAAACCAAAGUUUUAAUGCCAUUUUUUUAACAAGAAAGUGAUUUUUGAGUUUUUUAAAAAGCCUUAGUCAAUUAAAGAAUUGUCUGUGUUUUUCUUCUGCUGAGUUGGUUUGGAGAAAAGUGGUUCAUGAAAAGAUUAAACACCUUUGCCCUACUUUGAGGAUUAUGACCUAACAGUAUGUAUCUUGUAAUCUUUCAGUAAAGCUAGCCUGCAGACUUACAUUCCUGGAACUUAGAAAAAUCUGCUCUUACUUAAGAGGGAGAUAAAUGAUUACUUUAUCGGUCAGAUUAUGUCUGAUUUAAAGCACUUUGAGAGAGAGAAAAAAUCAGAUACUAACAGCAGGAGUUCUUGGACAAGCAGCUCUCCAGACUGGUGCCUGCUAGGAAAACAAAGUAUUAACCAGAUCAGGAGUUUUUACAUUCUUAUUUAUCUGUUACAGUAUAACAAAUAUAGCUGGUUUAUAUACCAGACCAGCUGGCUUACUGUAAAAUUCGGUUUACUACCUUGAUUGUAUACAAUGAUGGUUUUAAUUUCAAACAAAAAAAUAGGAUACAACAGCAUGGAAAAAAUGUUUCUAUUCAUAAUACCAUUACAAAUUUCACUAAAGAUAAUAGUACGAAGAAGUACUGUUCUCUGCAUUGCUUAGAAUUGAUGUGAUAUAAAAUGCACAUGCUGCAUUUUAUAGAUAUGCAGUUCUUUGGGGUUUUGGGUUUCAGUUUUGUUCGAUUAACUGAGCGAGAAAAGAUGCCAGAACUGGGUAACACCUGUACCAAGAGUUUGUCAUGUUGAAGAUGUUUACAGUUUGUAUAAAGUUAAAUAAUUUAAUAUAGUGAGUGAAAGAUCUUUGUUCAUGCUGUAUGGGACUUGCCAAAAAGUAAUAAAUUGGUUUAUUUGUGGCAAA